AGUCUCGUCUCGCCGAAAAUUGCGCUUACGGGUGGUCAUGCUGGUCGUGUUUCAUUUUGUAACGGAUGGAUGCUUUGUGUGGGUUCCACUGAUUCACUCGCGCUGCAGUGAUUUCAGUGAUUGA